AUGGAAAAAAGUUUUUUGAAUUUUAAGGCUAAUCACCCUGAUUGGGAACCUACCGAUCCAGCUGGAUCGCUUUAUCUUAGUCGACUUAAUUUCAGCAACCAGACACAUUCAGAACGUCAUAAUUCGAUUCGCUCUGCUCCUAUAGAUUCAAUAUUAAAGAAUAAUCGACGUAGUAAUAAUAAUGUUCAUUUCGGAUAUCCACCUGGUGCUUCCCACUAUACUUAUGCAAGUGGUGCUACCACUGGAGCUGGUGUAAAUUCCGCGAUGGAAGAUAAACCAUCAUACACAUCACAAAGUGGAUAUCGUGUUAGUGAUAAGUCCGCUCCAGAUAUUCAAAGGUCACCUGAUUCGAGUCAAGAUGAUUUGAGCGGCUCAUACUUUUUAACCGGAACAAAAUAUGGUGGUUCUGCGCCUUUAUCUGAUCCUAGUGAACCUGAUCGACCACGACACGGUGGUGUAAUUGGAUUACUAAACCAAUUCUAUGAUCUCAAUAAUUCAUCUAUGUAG